AUGGCUCCAGGUAACCACAACCUCAACAACGGCUUUUGUGAUGCAGAAAUUCUUUUUUCGGUCGCUGAGACCGCCGGGAACACAGACAACUCCCUGUACUGCAACGAAAAAGUGGUUGGCGAGCCACUUCAGCGUCGUCGGGUCCACGACACAGCAAAAUCUUGGAUGAACAAAAUGGACGUUCGCUCCAUCAACAUUGCGGUCCGGUCUACCCUUCUCCACCAGCCUGCCACUUCCCGAUCUGUCGACUUACAGCGCUGCUCUGGCAGCCGCGGUCAAUCGAAUCUUGUGCGUACCAACGAAUCCUUUAUUUACUCCAACCUCGGAAAUUCAAACCGAGCACUUGACCCGCGUUACUUCGCGGCAGCAAAACCUGUACUUGAGAACGCAGUACGGGUACUUACGUGCUUGUUGUGUCGCCGCUGCGCACCUCAAAACGAGAACAUACAGCGCGUAUACGAUGCACCGCCACCUCGUGAUCGUGCAUUUCACUUCACUACAGGACCAAUGCGGAGUCCGCAUGCAGACGAAAAGCUUUCUCUUUUUGUAAGGUUCGUCACGGUGGUUGUCCGUCGCAAGGCGGUGCUGCUUGACAACCUUUCGAGAUCGGCGAUCCAUCUCACAGUUGGCGAGACCACCGGGACAGUCAUACAGUAUGCGCGCGUGGACAUCGCGUUGAAGUGCAACGGAGCUGCUGCCAAAGCGACUGGCAAGUCACCGCUUCAACGUUGCCGGGUCCACGUCGGCCACGACUGCCCAGAGUCCCCCUCACGUCACCGCUGGACCGCGGCGAAUUGCUCGGCGAUCACCCAGGUUUACCCGCGCUGGGGCCUCUAUGACUGCUAUCAAAGCAUCUGGGCCCAGCAGCGGCGCUCCUUUUCACGGGAGACUCCCACCACAUCAACAAUGCACAGCGAUCUCGACGCACGACUGCGAGGCCCGCAUUGGGCUCUGAGGACAGUUGAGCAAAAUGCGCUACGUGAUGUGAUACCAACGGCCAAGUGGUUUCCGCAGCACUGGCAGUCGAUCCGCCGAGCACUUUCGCCACGUGAGCCUGUUUUGCAGGCAAGUCGCAAACUAGUCGAGCCGUUCCCCUAUCAUCGCCGUCGCUGCCUGCCUGGUCGUGCUGUCGAGGAGCUCGGCUCGGAAGCGGCUUCAGGGCCUGAAGCCGCUUCCGAGAAGUUCAGGCACAGCUCGCUCAGCCUCCGUAGUAUGGAGUCCCGAAGCGUCCACCAUUGCACGCGGUUGAAGAGGAUGGCCAAGAAGAUGGUAGGCUUUGCUCAGCGAGGACUAAUGGUGGUCCUCGCCGAGUUAAACUUUAAACACCAAGGUCGUCCAGCAGCGCAAUCCCGCCGGCGCGAUAUGCUUUGUGGCUCACGACGGCACGCUCGCGUCGGCCAUGCAAACGUUCUCGAGCUCUCGGGCGUGGCUGCCGAGCAGCUCAUGGUUUCCGGCGGAAGUUCCGCCGACUGA